AGAGUGUGCGGGAAUGCGCCCGACCGACGAAUCGCCCACCCGCUGGAUGACCAGCCACCUGUUCGUGAUCGGCCUUCAGGUAUCGUGUGCCUGCGGAGGUACCCACCGAAGGCGACAGAUCUCGCUUCCCACGCCGCUUCAUGUGUGGUAUCUGCGGCCGGGUCCACCGGCGCAGGUGAUUCCCGAUUGUAACGAAUCGUUUAAGGUCGACCGCGACGCGUCUCCCCUCUACUUCCCGUUCCUUCCCCCCACACCUUCUUAUCCUGCCUCAAAGCUGCCUCUUCGAUCUCAAAGAUAGGGUUCGAAAGGGAGGGAGGAGGAGAUGGCGCCGCGAGGGAGGGUGGAGCUGCGACGGAUCGAGAACCGCAUCAGCCGCCAGGUGCGCUUCUCUAAGCGCCGGGGCGGCCUCUUCAAGAAGGCCUACGAGCUUGCCGUCCUCUGCGACGCCGAGGUCGCCCUCGUGGUCUUCUCCCCCGCGGGGAAGCUGUACGAGUUCUCCAGCGUCCUCAGUUUGCAAGGUACUACAGCACAUAUGCAAUUGGCAAAGGUUCAGAACAAAACUUUUACCAUGUUGGGUGGAUGCACAAUGAAUGCUGAUAUCCGAAUGACUUCCUGCCUGGAGAAGACUAUUGACCGCUACAAGAAUUUUAUGAAAGAAGAUAGAUAUGUUGGCAAGCAUGAUGACCCAAAGCAGAAUAAUGAACAAGGAUUUGCGCAUUCAGAAGGCAAUUCCAAACAACUGGAGAUUGUUGAAAGGGUUUUCGGAACAGAUUUUGACAAGCUGAAUAUGGAUGACCUUGACCUGCUGGAGAAUGAUAUAUGUGUUGCACUAAAAUGGAUAAGAUCUAGAAAGGAUCAGUCGAUGAUGGAUUCAUUAGCCAACCUUUCUGCGAAGGAGAAAUCAUUACUUGAGGAGAGAAGACUUUUGCAAUCUGCGUUAAUCAUGGAGGAGAGAAGCGACUCGAAGAAGAUCGCCGACAACAGCGCGGCAGCGGAAGCAGCGGGAACGUCACCGGGGAACGCGGAGGGCCGCUACGCUGCUUGGUGGCGACCGCCUUCACGGUCGCCGCAGCCGGAGGUGGAUACGCCGUAGGAAGCCGUCGGGGCUAUCGUUGUCCUCUUCUAUUAGUGUAAGCGGUGUGCGGUGUCGCGUCUGGACCAAUCCUUUGGUUUCCCGAUAGUUCGGGAGCCAUGUCGCUGUGUCACAGUUGUUUUGAUGCCUUCUGCUGUUACAACUAUACCCAGACCAACGGAGCGACACGUGGUACGCCCGAUAAUAUAUACAAUAAAGUAUUUUAAAGCCCUUAAACCAAUUAUCAUCAGGUACAAUAAGUGUCUGUUUAGUAUUCAGAAAAUUUUAUGUUUGCGUACGUUGUUCAGAAAAUUUUAGUAUUCAGGAAAAUUUAUCUUUGUCUA